AUGGAUCCAAAUGUUAAACUUCUACCAGGACAAGGGGAGCCAUUGCUUGACCGAGAACGAUACAAGAGACUAAUUAGAAAAUUGAAUUAUCUUGCAAUUACACGAUCAUAUAUCUCUUUUGCAGUCAGUGUCUUGAGUCAAUUUCUUGAGAACCCUUGUGAUACUCAUUGGGAUGUUGUUGUUCAGGUUCUAGGGUAUAUCAAGAGAGCACUAGGGCAAGGUUUACUAUACGAAGAUAGAGGGCAUGCUCAUGUUGUUGGGUAUUUUGAUGCAGACUGGGCAGGAUGUCCAUUUGACAGAUGCUCUACUUCUGGCUAUUGUGUGCUCAUUGGUGGUAAUCUUAUAUCUUGGAAAAGUAAGAGGCAAGAUGUUGUUGCAAGAUCUAGUGCUGAAGCUAAAUACCAGGCCAUGGCUCUUGCCACAUGUGAGCUUAUGUGGCUGAAUCACUUACUAUAA